AGUAUUGCUCAUUGCGAUGUAUCAAGGAGCGAGAACCCUGGGAUUUGGGGAACACGGGAUUAAAUCACCAUGAGAUUGUAUCCGUCUCCUCCCGGUGUACUGGCGCUGUGCUGCUUUGUGAUCCAGAUUCCAGGGACACAAGCUGGUCUUUACAUCACGACUCAGAACGUUACGGCCACGCCGGGGAGCGACGUCACACUCACAUGUGAACUCUCAUCACUUGAUGUGAAACUGACCCAAGUCAACUGGAAGCUGUGCAACGGCUCGUACAUUGCCUUUCACGUGCAGGACAGAGGACACGUCAAGGAGGCAUUUGCAGAGAGGGUGGUGCUGGCAGAGCGGUAUGGGGUAACAAUACGAAACGUGAGCUACAGCGACACCGGCCAAUACUGCUGUAUUUUCAAUGUCUUCCCACAUGGUGCGUAUCAAGGAGAAAUAUUCCUCGAGGUCACAGAUAAGAUGGAUUCUCAGUUGAAGCUGUAUGCCUUGAGUGGCCUGGGUUCUGUUAUCCUCACCAUCAUUGGAUGCGUUGGGGUAUUCUGCUACAAAAGAAGUCUAAGAAGGAUGCGUCUUAACAGCAGUGAUCAGAAUGAAUAUAUAACAAAUCUGGCUCUUCCUAUGGUCCGGACACCAACUAUGACCACAUCCCAAGACGCAGAGACAGAGGAGGAUUGCAAUGGGAUGGAAUACUUAAAUAUCUUACUAUACAGGAAGCCUCAGCUAUAGAACCACUGGAAAUUGGUGGA